AUGUCCCUCGCCGCAUCUCCUGUCCCAACGCAGGAGUUAACAGAAGCACAGCAGGCCCGAGUCGAGCAGCUUGAUGAGGAUAUUGCCAAAGCUAGGGCAGAAAUUGCUUCACUGACCAGCCACAACUCCAUGCUUACGGGAGCAUUGCUUAGCUCGGCCAAUGUUCAAUCUCAACUUCGUCAGCAUCUGAAGUCAGAAAAUGAUGCUGAAUUAGCCAAACUGCUCGACAAUCGUGACCAGUAUGGCGACACAAAUGUUCAUCGCAUGGCGUACGGCGUCACAACCUUUCCGUUCACGGACCCCGCCCCCGAGUCACCGAGUCGGUCAUUACUGGGGAUCCGCUUCGAUAUACACAAACGUGGCGGCACCUUUGAGUCGCCUUACUAUAUUCUAUGCAGGAGCACCGGAGAAGAAGCACGAGACCUGGCCGUUCACAGGCAUACACUUCCGGGCUUCAUACCCCUGCUUGAGUACCAAGAAAAGUUUCUUGGGGUGCAAGACGAAGGCUACGGAUCGGCCGACACCAGUGCUGAUUCCUCUGAGGCUGGCCCACAAGAUCUUGAAGGGCUCGUGAAGAGAGUGCGCGCCGAUCUGGUUGCAUGGCGCUUACGCCAGGAUGCGGUCCAGAAUAUUCAAGAAAAGCUCGCUAUCCAAUCCAAUGAUGUUGACUUGGGCGAACCUGCUUCAGCCCUUGGAGUGUUGACCGAAGCUGGGGACUGUGGUAUAUCGUCUUUCCACGCUCUCGGAGAGGAUGCACAUUACGCCAGAAUUGUAUGGUCCAACGGACGCGUGGGCAGAAUCAAGAUUGGCAAUGCACUUUCCAUCGACCGCGCUGUCGUCUUCGGUAAUAUUGAUGGUGACAACCAGCGGUGCAGCGACUAUGAGCAGGCCCUAGUCGGAGAUCUGGAUGGGCUGAUAAGCCGGCUGCGAGCCCUCAGCGACCGCGAAUUGCAGCAAACAGGACAUUGGUGA